AUGGAUCGAAAUCUCAACGGCGUGUCGCCCAAUGGGCGCGGCGCACGGGGCAAUCUGCUGCCACGGCGUAAGACAGAAGUAUAUCGGGGCGGAGGCGGACCGCGUUUGGCCAACAAGUGGCAUCCCCCGCUUGGGUGCGCCCGUUCACCGCGCCAGUUCCUUUGCUUUUGCUUCUGCUUCUCAUUUUGCUCCCCGUUGACGCGUCGUGCCUGCCGCGGGCAGCGCGGCCCUUACAGAUCCGUAAGGAACAGUCCUCUGUAUAGCACUAUCUGUAUGGCGCAGCGUACACUAAAUCACUUCGCCGUACAGUGCAGUACCCAAGGGUACUACUGCCCGGUGAGCAGAGAGAUGCUGCUGGCAGCAUCUCUCUGCUGGCACCAGCAGCCGCCCGCAGCCGCGCCCAAACUAGAGAGUUGA